CAAAUAAUUUGAAGCAUGCUACAAGUGGCUAGGCAAUUGUCAGUUUUACUGCUUCUCACUUUGAGAGGAAGUGCACUUCCGUUACUAAGUUCCCUGAAGUGUUUGAACGAGAACGAUGGGGACGAGGACUGUUAUUCUUCUUUUGAUGAGGUUGCGCUGGAUUUGCGGGCUUUCGGCUCGUCCAUUGAGAGUUUAGCACAGAUACAGAAAGCUGGAGUACGACCCUUUGACAUCGAACAGGAUACCCCUGAACCAACUAAAAAACUUACUCUGAGAUUAUUAGAAACAGCUGUAGAACAGGAAACUAGCUUAUCAAAAAGCCCAAUAGGUUAUUUAACAAAGUACGGGUACGUUAAGGGGGUGUUGAAGGUGAUGAAGUCUUGUUCUGACUCAGAUGAUACUAUCCGCUCUGCUGAGAUACUGGCUUCUAUGAUUACAUUCCAGAGAUUUACCCAUGCAACUAACGUAGACAUCUUCAUAAAGAUGAGCCAUGCUCGAUGUUCGGUCCCUGACAUUAACUUUGACAGUGAUGGCAACCUUGAUGAACAAUCUGCAGAAAUAAUCUUAUCUGCUGUUGAAUUUGAAGGAACGGAUAAUCUUAAAGAAAGAGUGGGAGAGUUCAGGAGUUCCCAUGAGUCAAACAGAAGAAGGAAAAGGGCAGCAACUUCAAAAGGAACACUAGACCUGUCAGAUAAAACUGAGUUUACCUACAAUCUGAUAAACAAGCCAUCAGGGCAAAGCAUGCCAUUCGCUAAUGAUGGGGUUGAUAUUGCUUUUGAAUCGUGGAGCAAUGCAAUAGGGCCUGCUGUGACCUUUAUACGUACUACUAGUCAGAAACCAGAUGCUAAGUUAGAGUUCGUUGCAGAUGAACACAAUGAUUAUACUUUUGAUGGAGACGAACUUGCUCAUGCUCCCUUCCCUUCUAGCGAAUAUCAUGGCAGUGUUCACUACAGAGCAAACAGAGUUUGGGAAGUUAAUGCAGACGACAAAGUGGAUUUCAUCUACGUAACCGUUCACGAGCUGGGACAUUACCUUGGGUUGAGACACUCUAGUGUAGAUGAUUCGGUGAUGCUUUCUAUAUUGGACUCCACCACCAUACCAGAAGAUUACAACGGAGAGUUACAUGACUCAGAUAUUCUGGCUGUUAAGCUACUGUACGCUGGCCAGGGACCUUCGAACUGUCCUGAUGAUUGGCACAGAUUUGAGGGAGUAUGUUACAUUGCUCACACAGUGUCAGCAGGAAUUACCUGGGACGAUGCACAAACCGAGUGUGAAGAUAUAGGUGCAAGACUAGCAACAGUCAGGAAUGGUCCGUUAAACGUGUACAUACUCGCAACAGUUGCUAAUGGACGAUCACCUUAUUGGAUAGGGAGGAAAUCCUCUGAAGAUGGGUGGGUGAGUGGCGAGUCGUUUGACUGGUUCCCUGAGAUUAAUAAAGCUAAACAGAUGGACCCUUCCUCAACUAGGUGUCUUCGAGCUACUGCGUACAGCGGUAGCGCAAAGUGGGAGUUUGUUCAUUGCACGAACAUAAAGAAAGCUAAGACAGAGCACUACGUCUGUGAAAAGAGAGAAGAAGACUUUAAAGAGGUAACCACACCAACACCAACACCGGAGAUAGUCACCCAACCCAACACUGUGAUGCCUACAUUCGCACCUUGUCAGAACUACAUCAGGGGUGCAAUAAGACGCGGUAACUUCCUCUACAUAUUUGGUAACGCUAAAUAUUUCAAAUAUUUCUACACAAACUCCAGACCCACCCUGCAACCUGGGUACCCUAAAGACAUUGCAGACAACUUCGAGGGGAUUCCACAAUCCUUCUCAGCAGUUGUAACAAAUCCUUAUGACAGGAAAAUGAUUUACUUCAUCGAUGAUCAGGAGGUGUACGAAUGGAAAGUCAGGGGAAAGAGAAGCUCCAUAGAGGAUGGUAAAUUGAAGGAGCGCGGUAAAAAGAGCGGGGGUAAACCCAAGAAGCUGAAGAGCCUUUUUAAAACUACAAAUGUUCUCCGUGGAGCUACAGUGUUCGACAGGAACAGUAUCAUGUUGUUUGCCCGUGAAGAAGUAGGUAGGUGGUACAGAGAAACCAUUAGUAAAUCUAAGAUGACGUUCCAGUCUUACUACGACACUGUGGACAAGUGGGACUACCUGGAUAGCAUGGGGUCAUCUCCAAUAGAUGCUGUGACUCCUUCCUACUUUGAGAAGUUCAUCAUGUUCAUCAGAAAAGACGAAUAUUUCUUGGUAAGAAAGUCCGAUGGAAAGAUACCGAGGAAGUUCAUAAGGAAUUUGUCGUCUGAUUUCGAUAAGCUCGAGAUUUGCGACGUGAUUGCCCCGUUCAUAACUGAAUAUCCAGAAAACAUCGACCCCGACCUAGCUAUUUUGGAGGAGGAAUGAACAUUUCCAACUCCUGUUUGAGCAUUCAACAGACCUGAUGAAUCAUUUAUAGAGUUUUAUAAUUUAUAAUUUUUUGAAAUUGAUUUUUAAGGGGUUUAUAUUUUAUCUGUUUUGAUUUUCUAUUGCUGUGAGUCACGUUUUGCACCAAAUGAUUUUACUAUAUUUGAUCCUGUUUAUAUUUGAUUUAUAAUGGUUUACAAUUUUUAUAUUUAUUGGUUAUUGUUAAGACAGACAACACUCUAGUUUUUAUUCUGCACCAAAUUGUGUCCAUAUUUCUAGUAAGUUCUUUAUUGAAUUGAGUUGCAGAAUAAUUAUUAAAUCAUAUAAACAAACGGACAAGGUGCUAUAUAUCGGAUAUAAGUAUAACUGAGGAAAAUUAAAUGUUGGGACACUAUAUCUCAUUCUCACCAAAUGGGCGUGGAUGAUGAAUGUGAUCUGCAAACUGAUCUUCUUACAUGAUUCACAUCCUGGGACGAAACACU